GGGAAAGAUGGCGUCGGCUAAGCGGAGCGUCCUGUCGUCGCUGGCGGUUUACGCGGAGGACUCCGAGCCCGAGUCCGACAGCGAGGCGGGCGCGACAGGCAGCGAUGGCGUCGCGGCGGGCGAGGAGAAGGGCGGCCUCGUGUCCGAGGGCUACGGCGAGGACGACUUCUCCCGCCUCGAGGGCGACGAGGACGGCUACGAGGAGGACGACGACGACAAUAGCCGGCAGUCGGAAGAUGACGAUUCAGAGACUGAGAAACCUGAGGCUGGUGACCUAAAGGAGUUUGCAGAAUUAGAGAAGAGAGAUCCCCAGGAGCUAGUUGCCUCCUUCUCCGAGAGAGUAAGGAACAUGUCUCCUGAUGAGAUAAAAAUCCCUCCAGAGCCCCCAGGCAGAUGUUCCAACCAACUGCAGGACAAAAUUCAGAAGCUGUAUGAAAGAAAGAUGAAAGAGGGCAUGGACAUGAACUACAUCAUUCAGAGGAAGAAGGAGUUUCGCAACCCCAGCAUCUAUGAAAAGCUGAUCCAGUUUUGUUCAAUUGAUGAACUAGGGACAAACUAUCCAAAAGACAUGUUUGACCCUCAUGGAUGGUCAGAGGAUUCCUACUAUGAAGCACUAGCCAAAGCCCAGAAGAUUGAAAUGGACAAAUUGGAAAAGGCUAAGAAGGAGCGCACUAAGAUUGAGUUUGUGACUGGCACUAAGAAGGGUACCACAACAAAUGCUUCAUCUACUACAACCACAACAGCCAGCACUGCUGUUGGAGGUAAAGACGCGCAGAAAAGGAAGAGCAAGUGGGACUCAGCCAUACCAGUAACAACAAUAGCUCAGCCCACCAUCCUCACCACCACCGCAACACUGCCUGCUGUUGUCACAGUAACGACCAGUGCCAGUGGAUCCAAAACUACAGUCAUCUCUGCUGUUGGCACCAUAGUGAAAAAAGCAAAGCAAUGACAAGUGCAAUGGACCUUGACCUGGGUUUCCAGGCUGAACUAAUUGAAGGCACUGUCCUUGUAAAUGAGGGAGGGGAUCACUCUUAUUCCCUCAGUACAAAAUGACAAGACUCUUUUUCCCCCCAAAUGGACCACAACUCCCAUUAAGGGAGCGAGCAGGGUUGUGUGCAGCCAUUCUGUCUAUGUGCACAUGGGACUGUGACCUUCGUGAAAAGGAGUUUCUCUUUCUCUUUUCAGGAAUAACUGGUCACUGUGCUGCGGGGAAGCAGUGUAUGAUGUCAGCUUGUAAACUUUAGCUUUAUGGCAUUAACAAUGCUGAUAUGGCAUGGGGUUCUUCUCCCUGUUGGAAGUCUAGUUUAAACCAAGUACAGGGGGGACAUACCAGUGUUGUUCCCUUGCAUCCCAGACAGUCUUUUAAAGGCUGCUUCCCUGUGACUCAGUCUCCCCCAACACUUACUCACUCUGCUUCAAAGAAACCAAAGCAGAGGUCUGAUCAAUGUUUCUGCGCACAGGCAUAGCUGAGAUGUGAGUAACAAUCUACAUGUAUAAAUGCAGGCUCCUUUUUCCCUCAGUGAUACUCACAUCUGUAACCUUUGUGCAUACCCAUGUACGUUUCUGGUUCUGUGAUCAAGUGUUAAAAGCAUUGAAGCUUUGUUAAAGUGAAAUCUAGUCAGUCUUACUAGUCUUUUGCAGAGAUGGAGAUUCCUAUGCAGAACCUGUACUGUCUAGAUGUCUUACACUGUAGAUGUGAACUCAGAAUGCACCAUUUGGAGAGAGCUGCAGAGAGAAACUGUCCCAUCACCAUGGAGUGAGCUUGGAUACCAGAUUGUCAAAAAGUAGUCGAGACAUAAAAGCUGUGGCAUGUCUGUAUCUGUGUGGUAGAUGGUGAUACAAACUGUGAAGUGUGCAUUACAGUUACUGCUUGCCCCCACUGUUGCAAAAAGGAUGCUGUCAGUUGAUAAUUUUAUUGUAUAAGCCUUCUUACCCAUGUUGCUAAAACUUGAUUAUAAAAAUGGAAAAACUCAAAUCUU